AACCCCAAAAACUGCUCUCUGUCCACAUUCUCUCAACUUUCUCUUUCUAAAAUCUCUUCCUUUCUCUUUCUCUAGCACACAAACCAUCAAUGGCAUCGCCACGCGAAGAGAACGUGUACCUGGCGAAGCUUGCUGAGCAAGCCGAACGCUACGAGGAGAUGGUAGAGUUCAUGGAGAAAGUCGUCGGCGCCGGCGACGACGAACUCACCGUGGAGGAACGCAACCUUCUCUCCGUCGCGUACAAAAACGUGAUCGGAGCGAGGAGAGCGUCGUGGCGCAUAAUCUCAUCGAUUGAGCAGAAAGAGGAGAGUCGCGGUAACGAAGAUCACGUGGCCUCCAUUAAAACCUACAGAUCUAAGAUCGAAUCUGAAUUGACUUCGAUCUGUAACGGUAUCCUUAAGUUGCUCGACUCAAAACUCAUUGGCACCGCUGCUACCGGUGACUCUAAGGUUUUCUAUUUGAAAAUGAAGGGAGAUUAUUACAGGUACUUGGCUGAGUUCAAAACCGGAGCUGAGAGAAAAGAAGCCGCCGAGAAUACCCUUUCGGCUUACAAGUCGGCUCAGGAUAUUGCUAAUGUUGAAUUAGCCCCUACACAUCCGAUCCGGUUGGGGCUAGCUCUCAAUUUCUCAGUGUUUUACUAUGAGAUAUUGAACUCUCCUGAUCGUGCUUGUAAUCUCGCCAAACAGGCAUUUGAUGAGGCUAUUGCGGAGCUUGACACCCUUGGUGAGGAGUCCUACAAGGAUAGCACUUUGAUUAUGCAACUUCUUCGUGAUAACCUCACUUUGUGGACCUCGGAUAUGCAGGAUGAUGGAACUGAUGAGAUCAAAGAACCAUCAAAAGCAGAGGAGCAGCAGUAAUGUGAGUGAAGCCUCUUUGCUUAGGAUUGAAAUCCUAUGGACUUUGCUCAUUGAUCGAAAUUUGCUGUUUGUGUAGUUCUGAAUUCCCUGAAUUGUAAUACCUAAAAGCACUGUUUCUUGCAAUUUGUUGUUUUCAGCAAAGAUUACUUUUUUUCUCAGUAUUUCCCUUGUAUUUGGAUGCUCCAGUGAAACUCUCUUAUUUCGUGGAAAUGAAUUCUUGUUUUUACGGAGCAAAUUAUCAUUUUGUAUGUCCAUUUUCUUUAAGGAAUGGGGCGUUGCUGAUUUGAUCUCCCUUUUGAUUCA